GACGUGUUUCCACCUCUAGUUUUGUAUAUGUUUUGUAAAAUAGUUUAUUUCAUGAUAAAUCACAAAAAUUAAUCAUUUCUUCGUGAUUAUCGGCAUAAACAUGGAUAUAUUGGAAUAUCGUUGAUGCUACUUCCAGCUCUAUUAAAAAUUUCCACUCUUUUUAACAGUCGUGUACAAUUUUGCAUGUUGUAUAUGUUCGAUUUAAACACAACUGUUUUGAAACAACAGAAGCAACAAAGAAUGAUUUCGUUUAAUAAUAAUAAUAAAUGACAACAACAACAACAGCAGCAGCAGCAACACAGAAACAUCAAUAACAACACAGCAAUCAAGCAACUAAACGCCAUUCGAAUUUCGGAUUAUUAAACAAACGAAAGGCGAAAACAACAUUAAACGUGAAAAGCGGCCGCAGGAAAAAUAAUCAUCGCAUCGCAUCGCAUCGCCUCGCCUCGCCUUAGCUGGAAAAGAUUUAACGGGUUAAUAGCAGCAAUAAUGCCUACCGUUGCCUUACACGACGUAUCGGACUUGGCCGCAGGACUCGCCAUCCAAUGAGAGGAGCCUGGGCGCUAAGAAUCUGGAGCAGGGGUGUGCACAGACAUUGCUGAGCAUGAAGCAACAGCACAAUCCCUCGACUAAGAACCAAUUUGCAUCAAUCACAGCGACGAAGAGUAAAGCAGGAGCGGAGCAAGAAGCAAUAGAUAGAGGAUACGGACCGGGAGCCGCUGUCAGGAGGUGUCAGGAGCCAGCAGGAGCUGCUGCGUCCAGGAGACGGAGGAGGAGGUGGUCGCCGUCAACGACGGCCACACAAUCGAUCUAGCGAUCAACGCAAAAGAGAAUAUUCAUACCCAUUUACACACACAAGCGGGAAAAAGGAAGAAUAAUCAAGGGCAGGAGCAGGACGAGACAAGGAGGAGCAGCAGCAAGGGAGGCCACAACGGCGGACGGCGAGGAGACGGAGACGGCCCGGGCGUGUGUGUUUGUUAAAGCUCGUGAAAGUGAGCUCGUGUGUGGUGUGCUGCCCCCCAAAGUGUGUGCGUGAGUAGUGUGCGUGUGUCGGCCGUCUCAGUCGAGAACGAAAAGGAUACGAAGGAUCCACAAGUCCAGCAGUAGAAGCACCACCAAUCUAUCAGCAGCAAAUCAGCAAUCCCUCAUUCACGCCACCAACUAAACACCAAUUACAACGCCACCACUCCACAACUUCAGCCACCAUGUCGUCCAGUGAGCCACCUCCCCGGUAUGAGCCGCCCGUGGAGCCAGUCAAUGGCAUUGUACAGCCACCGGUAAUCCCGCCAGCGGAGCGACCCGGCCGCAACACCAAUCAACUGCAAUAUCUGAUCAAGACGGUGAUGAAGGUGAUAUGGAAGCACCACUUCUCGUGGCCCUUCCAGCAGCCCGUCGAUGCCAAGAAGCUCAACCUGCCCGACUACCACAAGAUCAUCAAACAGCCCAUGGACAUGGGUACGAUCAAGAAGCGGUUAGAGAACAACUACUACUGGUCGGCCAAGGAGGCCAUCCAUGAUUUCAACACCAUGUUCAACAACUGCUACGUCUACAACAAGCCCGGCGAGGAUGUUGUUGUCAUGGCCCAAACGCUCGAGAAGGUCUUCCUGCAGAAGGUCGAAUCGAUGCCCAAGGAGGAGCUCGAGCUGGAACCGGUGACGGCCAAGGGUGGCAAGAAGAAACAACGUGUUCCCACCACGCCCAAGGCAACGGGCGGUGCGUCAUCAGCAUCCGGCGGUGCCCCCUCAACGCCAGCGGUUAGCAGCGGUGCCGGCAAAGUGUCCACUGCUGCUGCUGGAGCCGCUUCAUCUGCGCAACAGUUACCCGGCCAUGCCGGCGCAACGGGAGCGAGUGGCGGAGCUGCGACACCCGGCGCCGGUACGGGUUCGGGACCGGGUACGCAAGCCGCCCGACCUGUUUCCGCCAUGGGUGGCACGGUUUCAUCGACGGCCGGCGGUGCACCGUCCAUACCACCGAUUAGCACAAUGCCACCGCAUACGGUGCCCGGCAGCACCAAUACGACGACGACAGCGAUGGCUGGCGGCGCCGGUGGAGCUGGUGCGGCAGGAAAUCCCAAUGCCGUUGCCCUAAUGGCCAGCCUCCUGAAUACGGGCCAGGCUGGCGCAUAUCCCGGCGGACCCGGCCAAACGGCAGUCAAUAGCUCAUCCCUACUCGAUGGCAGCUCAGGCGCCGCAGCAGCGGCGGCAGUGGCAGCAGCAGCAGCGGCGGCAGCAGCAGCGGCGGCGGCGACAGGAGCAGCAGGCGGUGGAGCGGGUGGAGCACCACCUGGAGCGGGUGGAGGCGGAGGGGUGACAAUACCAGCGGCUGCCGUGAAUGCCGCCAACGCGGUGCAGGCCUAUGUGAAUAGUACGGCGGGAGUGGGCGUCGGUGUGGACACCGUGAUACCGCCGCAGCAGCCUGCCAAGAUCAAGAAGGGUGUCAAACGGAAGGCGGACACCACAACGCCGACGGCCAAUGCCUUUGAGUCCCCGUAUGCGCAAAUGGAUUCGAAAUCGGCCAAGAUAGCGACGCGGCGGGAGUCGAAUCGUCAGGAUCUUACAUUCCAGGGCUCGGGCUACACGCUGUCGCCAUUGGGCGCCGGUCUACCCGGCAUUGGCGGCCUGGUUGGCGUCGGCGUUGCCGGCGGCCCCGGUGUGGUCAAGUCCAAGGAGAAGCUAUCGGAUGCCCUCAAGUCGUGCAACGAGAUCCUGAAGGAGCUAUUCUCAAAGAAGCAUUCCGGCUAUGCCUGGCCCUUCUACAAGCCGGUCGAUGCCGAAAUGCUGGGCCUGCACGAUUACCACGACAUCAUCAAGAAACCGAUGGAUCUGGGCACUGUCAAGCGGAAAAUGGACAAUCGCGAGUACAAGAGCGCGCCGGAAUUCGCCGCCGACGUGCGAUUAAUAUUCACCAAUUGCUACAAGUACAAUCCGCCAGACCACGAUGUUGUCGCCAUGGGACGCAAGCUGCAGGAUGUCUUUGAGAUGCGCUACGCCAACAUACCCGACGAACCGGUGGCCAAUGCCGCCCACCAUCAUCACAGCAGUCACGGCCAUGGGCACGGUCACGGGCACGGUCAUGGCGGACAUGGUCACGGUGGACAUGGCGGACACGGUGGUCAUGGCGGCUACGGUGGCUCUGCCUCCAAUAAGCACGAUGCCAGCGAUUCGUCCAGCGAGGAUUCCAGCGAUACGGAAAACGAAUCCAAUUCGGAUGAGGAACGCAGCGCCAAGCUGAAAAUGCUCGAGUCCAAGCUGCUUGGCCUUCAGGAGGAGAUACGAAAGCUAUCCGAGGAGGCGUCCGCCAAGAAGAAGGCCAAGAAGAAACUCAAGGAGAAGAAGAAACACAUUGGCGGUGGCUCUGGAUCCGGUUCGGCGUCGCAUCAUGGCCAUGCCUCUGGCCCUGGUGGUGCUGGCGGUCUAGGAGCUGGCACUGGCAGCGGUCCCGGCAUGGUAUCCGGCGUACCCGGAGCCGGUGGUGUGGGUGCCUUGGGCGCCGGUGGAGCGGCUGGCGCCAAUCUAUCUGCUCUGCUUAGUGGCUCCCUAGUCGGCGGUGCCGGCGGUUCAUCGUUAGCACUUGGCAGCGGCAUACCCAAUGUUUCGGCCCUGCAUAGUCAGGCGCAUGAUGUGGCCAUGGGCUUUGGCGGUGCCGGUGGCGUCGGUGCCGGCGGACCCGGCUUUGCCGGCAACGUAGCGGUUGCUGUGGCAGCGGCGGGCGGCAAGGCGGGCACAUUGGCCGGAGCCUUGGCAGCGGGUGCUGCAGCGGGCGCUGGAGGAACCUCAACCGGCGGCGGCAGUAAUAGUAAAGGUGCUAAGAGCAAGGGCCAACGUGGAGCCAAGGGUGGAGCAGUCAAUGCCGGUGGCGUUGGUAAUUCCGGAGCUGGUGGAGCGGGCGCUGCAGCGGCGGGCACGGCAGCUGGCGCUGGAGCUGUGGGUGCACCAGGCGGUGGCAAUGCCUCGAAGCGGGCCAAGGGCAGCAAUUCGGCGGGCGCUGGCGGCGGAGCGGGUGCCGCCGCUGCCGCUGGCGGUGGCGGUAAUUCCAAUGCCAAUGCCGCUGGCGCCGGUGCCCGUGGCAGCAGCAAAAAGAAGCCCAGCCAGGUGAUGAACUUUGACUCCGAGGAGGAGGACACGGCCAAGCCAAUGUCAUACGAUGAGAAGCGUCAGCUGUCGCUGGACAUUAACAAGUUACCAGGCGACAAACUGGGCCGCGUUGUUCACAUUAUCCAAAAUCGUGAGCCAUCGCUGCGUGACUCCAAUCCCGACGAAAUCGAGAUUGACUUUGAGACACUGAAGCCGUCGACGCUGCGCGAGCUUGAAAGCUAUGUGGCGUCGUGUUUGCGCAAAAAAACACGUAAGCCAUAUUAUAAAAAGCCUUCCGGCAAGUCAAAGGAUGAACAGAUGGCCGAGAAAAAGCAGGAGCUGGAGAAGCGACUGCAGGAUGUCACCGGCCAGCUGGGGGCAAGCAAGAAAACCGCCAAGAAAGACGAAUCGAACAAGGUGGAGGCCGUUCAGCCAGCGAAUCCCGUGUCGUCGAGUUCCAGUUCCAGCGAUUCAUCGUCGUCGAGUUCGAGUGAUAGCAGUUCGAGUGACUCGAGCGACAGUGAAGCAGGUGACGGUGACGAGCGACCGCCGCGCAAAAAAAAGUCGCGAGACUCGAAUGGCAGCAAUGUAAAUAAUCCUAGUUUGACCACAGUCCUGGGCGGCGCCGGAGCAGGAGGCGGGAGCGUGCCGAGCGGCGGUCUAACGCCGAUCUCGCUGAUGAACCUGGAGCAUGUCCUGAACCCCAAUACACCCACAUCACACACGUCCUACAUGUUUGGUAAUGCCAAUCCGCUGACGGCGGCCGCCAUGCUCAACAAUAACAAUAAGACGACGCUGCCCGGCAGCAAUUUCGGCGGUGCUGGCGGCGGUGGCAACAUGUUGCAUGGUGCUGGACCAGUGCCGGUGGGUCCUGGUUCCACGGCUGCUGCUGCUUCAGCGAAGAAUGGCGCAGCCAACGAAGACCUGGGCAAGGUGCCGCCAGUGUCCGUUAAUUUGGGCGCGCAGCAUGGAUAUCACGGCAGUAGUGGUGCUGGAGCAGGAGGAGUCCAGACCGGUGGCGGUGGCAUACGGAUAGCUAGCAAUCUGCAUAAGCCACCUGGCGGCAUUGGCAGUGAUCUGGGCGACCAUCAUACGGCACUGGCGGCCGCCCUCUUGUCCAGCAAUCAGAACAAUGGGGGUCAGAACACGAACACCAAUCAUCCCGUGGGCGUCCAUGGGGAUGUCAUGGCCAGUGCCUCGCUGUCUGCGGGCCUCAAGCAGAUACCCCAGUUCGAUGAUCCCGUGGAGCAGUCGCUGGCCUCGCUCGAGUUCAGUGCCGGCUCCACAGGCAAGUCGUCAGCGCUAACGGAUAACUUUAUGAUGCAGCAGGAUGGAAGCCAGCAGCAGCAGCAACAACAGCAGCAGCAGCAGGCCUUUGCCCCCUUGGACUAUGUGAAUGAGCUGAUCAAGGGAUCCACAGAUGCUGUGAGCGGCAUGAAUGGCAAUCAUCCGCUGAACUUUGUGCUAGACAUGGCGGCAGCAACGGCCAACCUGCAGAAGCAUCCACAACAGCAGCAGCAGCAACAACAGCAGCAGCAGCAGCAACAGCAGCAGGCGCACAACAACGGUUUCAAUGUGGCCGACUUUGGCAUGCCCGGUUUUGAUAGUCUCAAUAUGACAGGCGCCUCAGCAUUCCUAGAUCUAGAGCACACGCUACAGCAGCAUCAACAGCAAAGCCAGCAGCUGCAACAGCAACAUCAGCAGCAGCAGCAGCAGCAGCAACACCACCAGCAACAGCAGCAACACCACCAGCAACAUCAGCAGCAGCUCACGCAACAGCAACUGCAGCAACAGCAACAGCAGCAGCAUCUCCACCAACAGCAACAGCAACAUCUCCAGCAACAGCAACAGCUGCAACAGCAGGUGGCCAAUAAGAUGCUGAUCAUACCCAAGCCCAUUGAAUCGAUGAUGCCCAGUCCGCCGGACAAGCAGCAACAGCAGCAGCAGCAGCAGCAGCAACAUCUCCAGCAACAGCAACAUCUCCAGCAGCAGCAGCAGCAGCAACAGCACCAAAAGGGAAUACUCCCGCAACAGUCGCAACUGGACAUGAUGCUGGCAGCAGCGGCGGCGGCCAACUUCCAAGGCAAGCAGGUGCAGGCCUUUAAGGCCGCCGAGCAGAACCUAAAGAAUGCAAGCUCUUGGUCCUCUCUGGCCUCGGCCAGCUCUCCAUCGUCGCACACAUCCAGCAGCUCGAGCAGCAGCAAGCCCAAGCCGGCCAUGGACUCGUUCCAGCAGUUCCGCAACAAAGCCAAAGAACGCGAUCGCCUCAAGCUGCUGGAGGCGGCCGAGAAGGAGAAGAAGCACCAGAAGGAGGCCGCCGAAAAGGAGCAGCAGCAGCAGCAACGCAAGCAUCACAAGUCCUCCUCAUCGUCGUCCUCCUCCUCCUCAACAGCAGCAUCGCAAGCAGCCGCAGCAGCAGCAGCGGCGGCAGCGGCAGCAGCAGCCGUAGCCGCCGCUUCAGCGGCCUCCACGCAGGCGGCGGCCGUGGCAGCCUCGACGGCAUCGGGUGUAGCAGUAACAGUCACACCCUCGGUGGUCUCCAGUGCCUCGAAUGCUUCCGGCGGUAGCAGUAGUGGCGGAGGUGCCGGUGGUGGUCAGGCCAGCGGCGAACGCGAGCGCGAGAGGGGAGAACGUGAGCGGGAACGGGACAGAGACAGAGAGCGGUCCGGCAGCGGUCAGUCGGGGAAUGGCAACAACAGCAGCAAUUCGGCGAAUAGCAAUGGACCCGGCAGUGCGGGCAGCGGAGGCAGUGGCGGCGGUGGCACCGGCGGCAACAGUGGUCCAACCAGCACAGGUGGACCCAACAGUGGAGGCGGCGGUGGCGGCGGCGGCGGCGGCGGAGGCGGCGGAGGCAAUGCUAACAGCAAUAAUGGAUCCGCUGCCGCACUGCUCAAUGCCGGCAGCAAUAGCAACAGUGGCGUUGGCAGCGGCGGCGCCGCAAGCAGUAACAGCAACAGCAGCGUGGGCGCCAUGGUGGGCAGCGGCGGACCAGGUUCCAAUAGCCAGGGCAGCAGCGGUGGCGCCGGUGGUGGCGGCACUGGCACUGGCGGCAGUAAUGUGAUGGGCAGCGGGGCCCUGGACUAUGGCCAGCAGGUGGCCGUACUCACCCAGGCGGCGGCACAUGCCCAGGCGCAGCAUGUGGCCGCCGCUGUGGCCGCCCAGGCCAUACUGGCUGCCUCGCCCCUGGGCGCUAUGGAGAGCGGAAGAAAGAGCGUUCACGAUGCCCAACCGCAGAUAUCGCGGGUGGAUGACAUUAAGGCAUCGCCGGGCGGCCAGGGCCAGAGUUCACCGGCCCAGCAAUCGCCGCAGGAUCGGGCGGCCGCCAAGCGCGCCGAACAGCGGCGGGCCGAGCAGGAGCGGCGCAGGCGCGAAGCGUUGGCUGGCCAAAUCGAUAUGAACAUGCAGAGCGAUCUCAUGGCUGCCUUUGAAGAGACACUGUAGGCCAAGGCCCGCAAUGGCAAUGGCAAUACCUUCUCAACCAGGAGCAGCAGCAGCAGCAGCAGAGCCUCCACGGAGACGACAAGGCGGCGAGGGCUAAGGCGACAGCAACGGACAACGUUGGACAACAGCAACAAAAGGAAAAGCUAAAGACAGAAGCAGCCUCCCACAGUAAACAGAAGCAAAACAAAAGCAUCUAAUUAAGAAGCAAGUUUCUAAGGCGUAACUAAAACAUACGUACAUUUAGUGAGUAUCUCUAAUAUAUGCAUAAAACAUAUACGAAUGGAGAGAGGAUUGAGGAAUGAGGAUUGAGGAUUGAGGAUUGAGGAGCGAGGAGCAUGAGAGCAGCAGAAAAUUUUCCUUUUUGAAACACACACAUUUUUUUAACUUACGAUUAUUAUGAUUGUGUAUUUACCAACUAUUAAGCUGAUAAUAACGAUUAAUUAUUAAAUAUUAAGAACAAAGAUGGUACGAGUACGAUUAGAAUGGACAUCGCUUGUGGUUCCAAAACAAACAAACAAACAAAACAAAAAAAUAAUAAGAAGCAAAAAACAAAAGCUUAUGUUUAAUAUUAUUAUUCACGUGUAUAGGCAAGUUUUAGUUGAUAAGUUUUUUUUCCCCCCUUCAUUGUAUAAACACACCUAUGCUUAGAGUUGUUAACUAAUUUAAAAACAGAUAAAAAAAACAACAACAAACAAAACGAAACUAAAGUAAAAAAAGCUUAAUAAUAAGAUGAAACCAACCCCAAACAGAUACAAGCAAUCAUAUAUUAUUUUCUUUCCUUUUUAAUAAUUUUUUGCAAAACUUGCAAUU